GUUUAUAAAAUCAACACAAAAAUCUAGGCUAUCAAUAUUAAGUUAUAAAAAAGGUCUACAUAUUGGUCAAUAUUCACACCAAUGAGUGUUACUUUAUGCUGUAUAAUAUAAGGCGUUUGCUCAACUUGCAGCACGAUAUACACUACUCUAGCACCCACGUCAUAAAAUGAAUGCAUUGUUUCUAAAAUGGCCUGGUUAUUAGUCUUAUCGGGGGUUUUCUUCAUCAUCCUCUUUUCUCUGAUGUUUUUUCUGUUAAAAUUGUGGAUUCAUCAAGUAACAAAGAACUGUUUACCGGAAUUGAGAAAAACUGAUGAUAAAGGGAGAAAACUUGUAACUGUAGGAUUUUUUCAUCCUUACUGUAAUGCUGGUGGAGGCGGAGAAAGAGUUCUGUGGUCAGCAAUUAAAGCAGUUGUGAAAAGGUAUCCACAUGUCAGAUGUGUUGUAUAUACUGGUGAUACUGAUGCAGAACCAUCAGAAAUCUUAAACAAAGCCAAUCAAAGAUUUAACAUCAAUUUACCGAAAGAGAUUACUUUUGUUUACUUGAAAAAAAGGGAAAUGGUUGAAGCGAAUAGAUAUCCCUAUUUUACACUCCUUGGACAAAGUCUUGGAUCUGUUGUAUUAGGAUGGGAAGCCAUGUUAUCGUUUGUUCCUGAUGUUUACAUAGAUACCAUGGGUUACGCUUUCACUCUUCCAUUGUUUAGAUUUCUAGGUGGAUGUCGUGUAGGUUGUUACGUCCAUUACCCAACAAUAAGCACAGAUAUGUUGGAGAAAGUUACUCAAAGAAAAGAAUCAUACAAUAAUGCUGGGUUUAUAUCAAAAAGCAUGGUAUUAAGUCACACAAAAUUAUUAUAUUAUAAAUUAUUCGCUUAUUUGUAUGGUAUUGCGGGCAAGAGGUCAGAUGUUAUUAUGGUGAACUCAACGUGGACAUAUAAUCAUAUUAAAUAUUUGUGGCAGGCAGAUUAUAAAACUGGCAUUGUUUAUCCACCAUGUGACGUUUCAGAAUUUCUCACCAUCUCACCACAAGCUAAAUCAUCUGCAUCAUGUUUAAAUAUAAUAUCUGUUGGUCAGUUCCGACCUGAAAAAGAUCAUCCAUUACAAAUUCGAUCAUUUGGAAAAUUUGUACAAAAUCUUUCAUCCAAUGACAGAAAUCAAUAUAAAUUAUUGUUAGUUGGUAGCUGUCGUAACCAAGAUGAUUCUGAUCGUGUUCAAAACCUUAAAGAAUUGGCAGAAGAAAUGGGAGUUCAAGAUAAUGUAGAAUUUCAUCUUAAUGUUUCCUUCACUGAAUUAAAGAGAUUACUGUCAACAGCUACUAUAGGUUUACAUUCCAUGUGGAACGAACAUUUUGGAAUUGGUGUGGUUGAAUGUAUGGCUGCUGCUACCAUUGUUUUAGCUCAUGAUUCUGGUGGUCCUAAAUUAGACAUUGUUACUAAAUAUGCUGAUAAAAUUACAGGAUUCCUGGCAGAUGAUGAACAAUCAUUUGCAGACAGAAUGAAAGAAAUAUUUAAACUUAGUGAUAAAGACAAAAAUGAAAUCAUUCAAAAUGCGAGAAUUUCAGUGCUACGUUUUUCUGAUGAAGAAUUUGAGAAAAAUUUUAUAGACUCCAUAGAGCCAUUAUUAAACUUUGAGGGUGUCUCAGAAUAAUCAUUCUACUUCAAUGUUAUAUGUGGGUUUAUUUGAAAUAAAUGGGUAUAGAAACUGA